AAAUUAUUUUCCAGCCCUUUAUUCUGAGGUCGUGUUUGUUUUUGACACCGAGGUGCAUUUCCUGUAUGCAGCGAAGUGCUGGGUCCUGUUCACAUAGCCAGUCUCUUAGCCUAUAUCCUUUUAUUGGGGAAUUGAGUCCAUUGAUGUUAAGAGAUAUUAAGGAAUAGUGAUUGUUGCUUCCUGUUAUUUUUGAUGCAAUAUUUAUGUUUGUGUGGUUAUCUUCUUUUGGGUUUGUUGAAAGAUUACUUUCUUGCUUUUUCUAGGGUGUAGUUUCCCUCCUGUGUUGGCAUUUUCCAUCUAUCAUUCUCUGUAGGGCUGGAUUUGUGGAAAGACAUUGUGUAAAUUUGGUUUUGUCAUGGAAUAUCUUGGUUCCUCCAUUUAAGGUAAUUGAGAAUUUUGCUGGGUAUAGCAGUCUGGGCUGGCAUUUAUGUUCUCUUAGGGUCUGUAUGACAUCUGCCCAGGAUUUUCUAGCUGUCAUAGUCUCUGGUGAGAAGUGUGGUGUAAAUCUGAUAAGUCUGCCUUUACAUGUUACUUGACCUUUUUCCCUUACGGCUUUUAAUAUUCUUUCUUUGUUUAGUGCAUUUGAUGUUUUGAUUAUUAUGUGAUGGGAGGGAUUUCUUUUCUGGUCCCAUCUAUUUGGAGUUCUAUAGGCUUCUUGUAUGUUCAUGGGCAUCUAUUUCUUUAGGUUAGGGACGUUUUCUUCUAUAAUUUUGUUAAAGAUAUUUACUAGCCCUUUAAGUUGGGAAUUUUGACUCUCUUCUAUAUCUAUUAUUCUUAGGUUUGGUCUUCUCAGUGUACUAGGUUUCCUGGAUGUUUUGGGUUAGGAUCUUUUUGCAUUUUGCAUUUUCUUUGAUUGAUGUGUCAAUGUUUUCUAUGGUAUCUUCUGCAUCUGAGAUUCUCUUGUCUAUCUCUUGUAUUCUGUUGGUGAUGCUUGCAUCUAUGACUCCUGAGUUGUCUCCCUUUUUGAUUUCUUUAUUGUUUCUAUUUCCAUUUUUAGAUCCUGGAUGGUUUUGUUCAGUUUCUUCACCAUUUGGUUGUGUUUUCCUAUAAUUCUUUAAGUGAUUUUUGUGUUUUGUCUUUAAGGUCUUCUACCUGUUUACCUGUGUUCUCUUGUAUUUCUUUAACGGAGUUAUUUAUAUCCUUCUUAAAGUCCUCUAUCAUCAUCAUGAGAUGUGAUUUUGAAUCAGAGUCUUGCUUUUCUGGUGUUUUGUGGUAACCAGGACUCACUGUGCUGGGAGAACUGGGUUCUGAUGAUGACAAGUAGCCUUGGUUUCUGUUGCUUAUAUUCUUGUGCUUGCCUUUUGCCAUCUGGUUUAGCUGGUCUUGCUGUCUCUCACUGUGGCUUGUCAGUCUUGCAAGACUGUGUGUCAGUACUUCUGGGAAACCAGUUCUCCCCCCCCCCCCCCCAGCUAUUUAGGUAUGGAGAGCUGUGGUACAGGGUCAGCUCUCGGGUGCAGAGACCAGAAGGAUCACGUCCCCAGCUGAUCCUUGGUUCCUGUGUUCUGACUGCUCUGGGAGGGUCCCUCUUGGGCCAGGAAUUUGAAGAAAAGUGUUGGUAUUACCUGUGCUCACAGAUGUGUAGGCACUCCUGGGAGACCAGCUGUCUCCUGGCAGUAUUUGUGUAUGUAGCUCUGUGGUACAGGAUCAGCUCUGGGCGCAGAGAAACCAGAAGACUCCUGUCCUAGGCAGCUUCUCUGUUCCUGUGUCCUGAGGGUUCUGGGCAGGUUCCUCUGAGAAGCAGUGGUAAUGCCACCUGUACUAACAGGCCUGUCUGCACUCUUGGGAGGCUCACUCUCUUCUGCCGCUAUUUGGGUAUGGAGCCCUGUUGCAGAAGAUCUGCUCCAGGAGCAGACGGAAACCGGAAGGCUUCUGUUCCAGGCUGCCCCUCUGUUCCUGUGUCCUGAGGGCUCUGGACGGGUUCCUCUGAGCCCCCUGUCAGCCAUCUUUGUGUCCUCUUUUUAUGUUGUUGUUUAUUAAUGAGUUCCUAGUAUAACUAGUGCUGCCCAUAUGAGCACCGAUGUGGGGGCCAUCCAUUGGGGCAUAUCCCCGAAGGAGAAGACUCUCCCCCAGCAGCCUCAACUGCGAACCCUCUUUCACCAAAGGUGUGAUCUCAGGGGCUCUUCCACAUUCAUGAUAGUAUUUUGGUGAAUAUUCAUUUCCAGAUAACACUGUACAUUGCUGUUCGUUUUUUCUAAAAUGCCCUUUGUUUAAAGAAUAAUGAUACAGAAUAAUUCAUUCUUCUGUUCCUUCAUAGAAAUUUGUAUAAAAGUUUAACAUUUUUUUUAACUUCAUAUACACAUGCUUUGAUCUGUGGGCUCCAAGGCCAUAAAAUACAGGAAAUAUUUGCAUUUAAAAAGGUUUUCGGGGCUGGUGAGAUGGCUCAGUGGGUAAGAGCACCCGACUGCUCUUCCGAAGGUCCCUUCCGAAGGUCCGGAGUUCAAAUCCCAGCAACCACAUGGUGGCUCACAACCACCUGUAAUGAGAUCUGACUCUCUCUUCUGGAGUGUCGGAAGACAGCUACAAUGUACUUACAUAUAAAAAAAAAAAAAGGUUUUCUUGGCGUCUGACUGUACAGCAAUGUUUCCAGACUGCCUUGAUUCUCAGAAGCUUUUCAUUCUGUGCUGUAGGCCAAUAAAAAGAAUAGUUUCCACCAGAGUUCGUUAAUUAAACAUUCUCUGUGUUUGCAUUCGUCAACAAGUAUAUAAGGCUAACUUUUUUUCAUUUUCUCCACUCUUACUCAUGAUAAAGUUUUCAAGUUUCUUAUCAUGUUACGAAUAUUUUAAAGAUACUACUAUGCACACAUAGCUUUUAGAAGGGCUGCAAAUGUUUAUGUGCAGCUGUCAUAGAUGUAACUGAUAAGCUCUUCCCACACCAUAAAAAACAUUGACAAUAACAAAAUUGGUUAAGAAUUCUAAGGAAUAUGUGCUGUAGCUCUUAAGAAAUUAAAAAAAUUCACCAUAAUAUAUAGAGCAAAAUUAUAAAUUACUUGAUAGUAUUUUCUAGUUUGCACUGGGUGUUGUUGCUGUUGUUGUUUUUCUUUUUUGGGGCUAAUUUUGUUGCUUUCUACUUGGUUAGGUGGAUAAAAACCUUUACGGAUCUAGAAUUUUAUCUGAUCGCAUUUGGUGUAGGAUGCCACUUUUAGAUAAAGAGUUCCUCUCGUUCAAAUAGACAAAUAUCCUGUGAAUGCCAUUCUGGGCUAUACUGCACCAUUUUAUCCCAAGAAUAUGCUGCUAAUACUUUAGGGCAGGAUGGGUUCAGAGCAAGGUCACUGAGAAGAACUGUUCAGUCAGCAGGAGUCAGCUGUAAAGGACUUGACUUCAAUCCAGGGCACCAUGAUGUUAGACACUAUUCUGCUGUUCACAGAGCCCCACUGAAACAGCCCUCAGAAUGUUUCUUGGUAGAUAUUUACUCUUGGCUAUUUUGAGUGACUUUUCCAUACUGCUUCUACGUAUCACUCCCAUCUCAGAUGUUAUGAUCUCCAAAUUAUAUAGAAAACUUGACAAGGGGCUCAGAACUGAACAAAGAAUUCUCACCUGAGGAAUACCGAAUGGCAGAGAAGCACCUGAAAAAAUGCUCAACAUCCUUAAUCAUCAGGGAAAUGCAAAUCAAAACAACCCUGAGAUUCCACCUCACACCAGUCAGAAUGGCUAAGAUCAAAAAUUCAGGUGACAGCAGAUGCUGGCGUGGAUGUGGAGAAAGAGGAACACUCCUCCAUUGUUGGUGGGAUUGCAGGCUUGUACAACCACUAUGGAAAUCAGUCUGGCGGUUCCUCAGAAAACUGGAUAUAGUACUACCGGAGGAUCCAGCAAUACCUCUCCUGGGUAUAUAUCCAGAAGAUGCCCCAACUGGUAAGAAGGACACAUGCUCCACUAUGUUCAUAGCAGCCUUAUUUAUAAUAGCCAGAAGCUGGAAGGAACCCAGAUGCCCCUCAACAGAGGAAUGGAUACAGAAAAUGUGGUACAUCUACACAAUGGAGUACUACUCAGCUAUUAAAAAGAAUGAAUUUAUGAAAUUCCUAGCCAAAUGGAUGGACCUGGAGGGCAUCAUCCUGAGUGAGGUAACACAUUCACAAAGGAACUCACACAAUAUGUACUCACUGAUAAGUGGAUAUUAGCCCAAAACCUAAGAUACCCAAGAUAUAAGAUACAAUUUCCUAAACACAUGAAACUCAAGAAAAAUGAAGACUGAAGUGUGAACACUAUGCCCCUCCUUAGAAGUGGGAACAAAACACCCUUGGAAGGAGUUACAGAGACAAAGUUUGGAGCUGAGAUAAAAGGAUGGACCAUGUAGACACUAGCAUAUCCGGGGAUCCAUCCCAUAAUCAGCUUCCAAAUGCUGACACCAUUGCAUACACUAGCAAGAUUAUGCUGAAAGGACCCUGAUAUAGCUGUCUCUUGUCAGAGUAUGCCUGGGCCUAGCAAACAUAGAAGUGGAUGCUCACAGUCGGCUAUUGGAUGGAUCACAUGGCCCCCAAUGAAGGAGCUAGAGAAAGUACCAAAGAAGCUAAAGGGAUCUGCAACCCUAUAGGUGGAACAACAUUAUGAACUAACCAGUACCCCGGAGCUCUUGACUCUAGCUGCAUAUGCAUCAAAAGAUGGCCUAGUCGGCCAUCACUCGAAAGAGAGGCCCAUUGGACACGCAAACUUUAUAUGCCCCAGUACAGGGGAACGCCAGGGCCAUAAAAGGGGAGUGGGUGGGUAGGGGAGAGGGGGUGGGUGGCUAUGGGGGACUUUUGGUAUAGCAUUGGAAAUGUAAAUGAGCGAAAUACCUAAUAAAAAAUGGAAAAAAAAAAAAAAAGAAAACUUGACAAAUGUGAUUUCUAUUAUGCGCUUAAUAUUGGUCAGGUACUGUUUUAAGCCAUGCGGUGUGGAUGAAAUGAGUUGAUCUGUUGUAAAUUCUCACAAUAGUGCCACCAUGCUUGCUUUAUUAUUCCUUCACUGCGCACAGGAUGAAGAGUGAGUAGUUAAAAAGGAAGGAUUUUCUUCUACCCAGGGAACCGGGCACUUUAGGCUCUGCCUCUUAGUCCUAGGAGAACACAGAGGACAUGUAAAUCUACCACAUUUGACCCACUGAGUCAGAACAUCUGGAGGAAAACCACAUGUGAGGCACACUGCUUGUAAAUAAACUGCUGGUUAAAGAGAGGCGACGGUUAGUAAGGCGCUUAGCUAGCUAGAUUAGAAUAGAAUUCUCUCUGCCCAUCUGUCCUAAUUAGCUUACCUCCCUGCUUCCAUAGUGUCCCUAUUAAGUCAGAAAAGAAACCAGAGCUUCUCGGAAAGGAUGACAUUUUAUUUACGCUAACUGACAAUGGUUUUAGAGUGGCUUCCCACUCCCAGGCAUAAACUUUUAUCUGCAGGGACUUUUUUUGGGAAAAGUUUGUUAGGGAGCAUUUUAGAACUCCGAAUGCUCCCUUGAGGAUUUUGUCAUCUGUUUUCUUUGGUUUUGGCCCAGAUGAUUAUGUUUCUCCCUGUGGGGAGGAUGUCUCUGGGCAUUUUGAUACUUUUCCUGACAGGAGGAAACCUUGUAUCAGCCUCAGGUAAUUGAAAACUGAUCUUUGUUCUCAGAUUUGCAGGGACGUUUAGUAUAGAUUAAAAUAGCCACCUUUGAUGUGGUUGCUGUUAUAUACUAUAUACGUAUAUACUAUAUGGCUAUUAAUCUUCACAAUUGCUUUAUUGAGCAGCCUUAGAAUAUCUCCCAUGAUUUAGGUUUCCCUUCCUUGCUCAUAAUUUCUGGUUCAAACCUUACAUCCUUGUGUUGAAAUUUGGCAUCUGUUUGAUUUUAAAAGCAAUCUUGAAUUAAAGGAUUACUAGCCAAAUGGGGAAAAGCUGGAAUACUUCGUCCUUUGAUAUGCACGCACACAUGAGUUUUAAGCCUUGUCUUUACAUUUUCAGUGUGGUGCCAACAAGAGCUUUUCUCUUUUUGCUGUCACUUGUAUGGUGUCUCCACCUCCCUGGAAGGCCUGGCUAUGCUCCCAGUCUGUUUUCUGUACUAACAGAGCAUCUUUUCUGCAGAAGAGAGACAAGAACCCAUGCAUGCCGUCUCUGUCCUCUCACCUGAGAAGUCAACAGACCUUUCCCUGCCUACCAGGAAGAGGCAGCUUUUGGAUGCCACGGAGACUGGGAGGAGGUGGCUGCUUAGAAGGCGGCGAUCUAUUCUGUUCCCAAAUGGAGUAAAAAUUUGCUCCAGUGAAACCGUUGCAGAGGCUGUGGCAAACCAUGUGAAGUAUUUUAAAGCCCGAGUGUGCCAGGAAGCCAUCUGGGAAGCCUUCAGGACGUUUUGGGAUCGACUUCCUGGGCGUGAUGAAUAUCGUCACUGGAUGAAUUUAUGUGAGGAUGGAGUCACAAGUGUAUUUGAAAUGGGCGCCCAUUUUAGUCAGUCUGUGGAACAUAGAAACCUAAUCAUGAAGAAACUGGCUUACACAAGGGAAGCUGAGAGCAGCUCCUGCAAGGAUCAGUCCUGUGGGCCUGAGUUGUCCUUUCCAGUUCCUAUUGGUGAGACCUCAACACUGACAGGUGCUGUCUCCAGUGCUUCCUAUCCAGGGUUGGCUUCGGAGAGCAGCGCAGCGUCACCGCAGGAGAGUAUCAGCAAUGAAAUUGAGAAUGUGACAGAGGAGCCCACACAACCAGCUGCUGAACAGAUUGCGGAAUUCAGCAUCCAACUUCUGGGGAAGCGAUACAGUGAAGAACUGCGGGAUCCCUCCAGCGCCCUCUACCGGCUCCUCGUGGAAGAGUUUAUUUCAGAGGUUGAAAAAGCAUUCACAGGGUUACCUGGCUACAAGGGCAUCCGUGUUCUGGAAUUCAGGGCCCCGGAGGAAAAUGACAGUGGGAUAGAUGUUCACUAUGCAGUUACCUUCAAUGGCGAAGCCAUCAGCAAUACCACCUGGGACCUCAUAAGCCUUCACUCCAACAAGGUAGAAAACCAUGGCCUUGUAGAGAUGGAUGAUAAACCCACUGCUGUCUAUACAAUUAGUAACUUCAGAGAUUAUAUCGCUGAGACGCUGCACCAGAACUUUUUGAUGGGAAAUUCCUCUUUGAAUCCAGAUCCCAAGUCUCUCCAGCUCAUCAAUGUGAGAGGAGUUUUGCUCCCCCAAACAGAAGACAUAGUUUGGAACACCCAAAGUUCAAGUCUUCAGGUGACAACAUCCUCUAUUUUGGAUAAUACCCUUCAAGCUGAAUGGCUCUCAGCAGAUACCACCACCACCACCACCACCACCAUUUCACCAUUUGGUUUCAGCUCCAGUUCUCCCUCAGCCACUGGCAGGGAACUCCAGUCACAAAGUGCUUUGCGUGACGUAGUGUCUACCUCCAAGUUAGCUUCUCCCACGAAGGUGGUCCUCAGUUCUCUCCCAGAGAUUUUAGGGGGUAGCAGCUUGACUCUUCAUUCUGUUACCCCAGCAGUGCUUCAGCCUGACCUGCCUGUGGCUCCUGAGGGAAGGACUUCUGGAUCGUUCAUAUUAGAAGAUGGGUUAGCCAGCACUGAAGAAUUAGAAGAUACUUCUAUUGAUGGAUUGCCUUCAAGCCCAUUAAUUCAACCUGUGCCAAAAGAAACAGUACCACCUAUGGAAGACUCUGACACGGCUCUCUUGUCCACACCACAUCUGACCUCUUCUGCUAUAGAAGACCUUACUAAAGACAUAGGGACACCUUCUGGCUUGGAGUCCUUGGCUUCCAACAUCUCAGACCAGUUGGAAGUGAUCCCAUGGUUUCCAGACACCUCUGUGGAAAAAGACUUCAUUUUUGAAAGUGGCUUGGGUUCUGGGUCUGGGAAAGAUGUAGAUGUGAUUGAUUGGCCAUGGAGUGAGACUUCAUUAGAGAAGACCACUAAACCACUGUCAAAGUCAUGGUCUGAAGAACAGGAUGCACUAUUACCAACUGAGGGUAGAGAAAAAUUACAUAUAGAUGGCAGAGUAGAUUCCACAGAACAAAUUAUUGAAUCAUCAGAACAUAGAUAUGGAGAUAGGCCCAUACAUUUUAUAGAGGAAGAAUCCCAUGUUAGAUCUACUAUACCCAUCUUUGUAGAGUCCGCAACUCCACCUACAUCUCCAAUCUUUUCAAAACACACUUCAGAUGUACCAGACAUUGAUUCUUACUCACUUACCAAACCACCCUUCUUACCGGUAACUAUAGCAAUCCCUGCUUCCACUAAGAAAACAGAUGAGGUACUCAAGGAAGAUAUGGUACAUACAGAAUCAUCCAGUCACAAAGAACUUGACAGUGAGGUUCCAGUGUCAAGGCCAGAUAUGCAGCCUGUGUGGACCAUGUUGCCAGAAUCAGAUACAGUUUGGACAAGAACUUCUUCCUUAGGGAAAUUGUCCAGAGACACAUUGGCAAGUACACCAGAGAGCACUGACAGACUCUGGUUGAAAGCUUCCAUGACACAGUCCACUGAAUUGCCUUCAACCACCCACUCCACCCAGCUAGAGGAGGAAGUAAUAAUGGCGGUCCAGGAUAUUUCAUUAGAACUAGAUCAGGUAGGCACAGAUUAUUAUCAGUCCGAGCUAACUGAAGAACAACAUGGCAAGGCUGACAGCUAUGUGGAAAUGUCUACCAGUGUUCACUACACAGAGAUGCCUAUUGUGGCUCUGCCCACAAAAGGAGGUGUCUUGAGUCACACCCAGACUGCAGGAGCAUUGGUGGUUUUCUUCAGCCUCCGCGUGACAAACAUGUUGUUUUCAGAAGACUUGUUUAACAAAAACUCUUUGGAAUAUAAAGCCCUGGAACAAAGAUUCUUAGAACUGCUGGUUCCCUAUCUCCAGUCAAAUCUGUCAGGGUUCCAGAACCUAGAAAUCCUGAGUUUCAGAAACGGCAGCAUUGUGGUGAACAGCCGAGUGAGGUUCGCCGAGUCUGCCCCUCCUAAUGUCAACAAGGCCAUGUAUAGGAUUCUGGAAGACUUUUGUACCACUGCCUACCAAACCAUGAACUUGGAUAUCGAUAAGUACUCCCUGGACGUGGAAUCAGGUGAUGAGGCCAACCCUUGCAAGUUUCAGGCCUGUAAUGAAUUUUCUGAGUGUUUGGUAAAUCCAUGGAGUGGAGAAGCAAAGUGCAAAUGCUACCCUGGGUACCUGAGUGUGGAUGAACUGCCUUGUCAAAGUCUCUGUGAUCUACAGCCUGACUUCUGCUUGAACGAUGGAAAGUGUGACAUUAUGCCUGGGCAUGGAGCCAUUUGUAGGACCCAAAUCCUGGUUUUCCAUAAGAGCACCAAGAGUUAUCAUCUGUUCAAAAGCCAUCUUUCUAGUCCCUGGACUUUACUCGUAAUGACUCUGUGUUUCUUGUAUCAUAUUGAAUGCCGGGUUGGUUCAAACUGGUGGUAUCGAGGCCAACACUGUGAGGAGUUUGUGUCUGAGCCCUUUGUCAUAGGCAUCACUAUAGCCUCUGUGGUUAGCUUUCUCCUUGUUGCUUCUGCUGUCGUCUUCUUCCUUGUGAAGAUGCUUCAAGCUCAGAAUGUCAGGAGAGAAAGGCAGAGGCCCACCAGCUCCAGCAGGCACCCUGACAGUCUGUCAUCUGUUGAGAAUGCUAUGAAGUAUAACCCUGCAUAUGAGAGCCACUUGGCUGGAUGUGAACUGUAUGAGAAAUCCUAUAGCCAACAUCCCUUCUAUAGCUCUGCUAGUGAAGAGGUGAUUGGUGGUCUGAGCAGAGAAGAAAUCAGACAGAUGUAUGAAAGUAGCGACCUUUCCAAAGAGGAAAUUCAAGAGAGAAUGAGGAUUUUGGAACUCUAUGCUAAUGAUCCUGAGUUUGCAGCUUUUGUGAGAGAGCAUCAAAUGGAGGAGCUUUAACUUAAAUGCCUGAUUCUUGACACCAAUCAGAAGCUUGGAGGAGAUGGAGAAGGCUUGUUCUCUCUGCUGUUUAACUAAUCCAGAAGAAGAGUUUGUAUUGAAGAAUAAAUAAGGAAACAUGGGACGCACUUCUCAUUCCAACACUGCAGCUUAAUUUUUUGGAAUGGAGCAAAAAAAAAAUAAGUGAUGUAUUUUAUUUCUACAUUAAGAGAUGUGUCAAAAGAAAAUUAAAGUGGUGUGAACUCUGAUUUUGUAACAUAUUCUAAAAGCAAACAAAUAAAACAGAACCAAACCAAAAGCUUAAAGCCAGACCUUGGAGUUGGGGCUGCAGUGCCUCUGACUCUGACUUUUUGAGAGCAUCUCUAAGAACUAUGGCCCAGGCUUUCUAGUAAGAACAUAAAGUGAGACUAAUGAGUAAAGCUUAGAAUGCGACUGUUUUGUGACAUACUUGUUAAAGUCGAAUGAGAUAGAGGAAGCUUUGAAGUAAUUUUAAUAUAGUUUAAACUCAAACACUCAUCUAAAUAAAAAUUAGGCUUUUGGAACAGAUUGCUGAGUCAGGCAAUCUUUAGGUGCAGUAUAUUUUGUUUAUGUUUGAUGCUUGCUUCUAUCUGUUCUUGAGCUUCUUGAGCCCAUAGAUCAAGACUACAAUGCUCUUAAAUUAGUUAUGUCAAUAUUUGCCACAGUUUGGUCCUCAAUUAGGCACCCUUAAGAGGAAGCAAAUUGAGGAAUUAUUUUCAUCAGCUUGGCUUGUGGACAUACCAGUGGGCCUUUUUCUUGAUUAUUAAUUGAUGUAGAAAGGCCCAGCUCACUAUGGGUGGUACUAUCCUUAGGCAGGGGUUUGGGGAGUUAAGUUGCAAAAGAAAGGUAAAGCCAGCUACAAGAAGCCAGCCAAUAAGCACUUUCCUUUGUGGUUUCUUCUUCAAACUCCUGUCUUGGCUUCUCUCUAUGGUAGACUAUAACCUAUAAGCCAAAUAAACUCUUUCUUUCUGUCCUAGUUAGGGUUUCCAUUGUUGUGACCAAGGCAACUCUUUUAAGGACAACAUUUAAUCGAGGCUGGCUUGUAGAUUGAGGUUCAGUCCAUUAUCAUCAAAGCUGGAAGCAUGGCAGCAUCCAGGCAGUCAAGGCACUGGAGGAGCUGAGAGUUCUUCAUCUUCAUCUAAAGGAAGCCAGGAGCAGACUAGCUUUCAGGCAGCUAGGAUGAGGGUCUUAAAACACAUGCCCACAGUGACACACCUACUCUAACAAGGCCACACCUACUCCAACAAGGCCAUACUUUCAAAUAGUGCCACUCCCUGGGCCAAACAUAUUUACACCACCAUACCUUCUCAAAGGUGCUUUUGCUUAGUGAUAACAGAGAAAGCAAAUGAUUAUAAUACCCUAUUCUUUAAGCUUUCAGGAAUAGUACCCAUGCGUGAAGUUUUCAUGGUUUCUAUUUUUCUUAUGCAAAAGUAAUUAUGGGGCUGUAAGGGUCUGAGUGUUAGGUAAAUACCAGGACAGACCCUCUGGUUUUUAGAUGGGCUGACAGGCAAAGUUAUUACUUAGAUAUGUUCCCUGACUGCUUCUGAGGUAGGACAGUGUAGUGGACAAUUCUAGGACCUACUGUAGUUCCUGGUGUAGGAAUUUUGAAAACAGCACAUACCUACCUCACAUAAUGUCAGUGAUAUCAUUUGUUGCUUCUUUGUCUAAAGCUUGUUGUCUAGGUGAAAUCCCACCUACCAUAACAGGACAUUUUUAAAAUUGUGAAUCUAUACUUUAUAAAUAGAAGUUAAAAAUGGAAGUUUUUCUCUUUUUACCUAUGGUUAUUUUGAAUGGAUAAUUUGGGUGAUAGGCUGUAAAGGCGAAUUAAUCAUGAUGAAUAGUUUAAAGAUACAUAGGCACUAGAUGAUUGUUAAUUCAAGCUAUUUCUGAGGACACCUUCAUGUUUGCAACAAAUCUCUUGAAGUUCAUUAGUUAUUUCAGACCAAGUAUAAAAUGGCAGCAGGAUAAAAUACCUGGUUCAUUUAUUUUUCUUAAAUCAGGGACUGUAAGUUUCAUAGUUAUGAGGUCAGCAAAAACUGGAGUUGGAAGAAUAGACAACUUACUUAGAAGAAAACAGUGAUUUAGGAGACUAACUUACAUUUAUUAAAUUGGGAAGUUUUAGCCAAGAAAAAUGUGGGUCAGUUUCCCCCCACCCUCUCAAAUGUUUCCAAUGAUUCCAAGUAAAGAUAGGUGGGGCCAGCCUUCAUUAGUAACCCAGCUGCAGUGAAUCAGGAUUCUCGAUCAUUCUAUUCCCUAGUGUGUGAUCAAUGAAGAAAAAUGAUGUAAAGGUUACAGUCCUUAAACUGAGAGCAUUGUGUACGCAAAGUACCCUGCCCAGAGGUGGGGAGAUGGGAGGAUAUUAUAACAUAGUUGGUGAUGUAAAAAAAAAAUUACCUGGAAAUUUCUUUGAUUCAUGCAUUUUGUAAUGUGUAGACUGUUCUAAUAAGUCAACAAGAGACAAGUGAAGCCACUCCCCACUGGAUACUAAGCCACUGACUAAAACACGUCUCUCAACUACAUAGUUACUAUUACAGCUCAGGCCAAAUGAUUAGUAAUCCUGAUUUUUUCUCUUGUAUUUAAUUAAUUAAGGGCUUAAUUGGGGGAAAAAUCAUGGUAUAAGAGACUACAUGUAAAAAAAAAGAGACUACAUGUAUAAAUAUAUGUCUGGACUACUUGAUGAUUCCUAAGCAGUAAUGUAUAUAUCCUAAUAUAUACUUAAUAUGGAGUAUGGUUAAUGGCAUGCUAUUCUUUUUUAUUUAAUUUAUGGCAGUUUAUCCAAUGUGGGGUCAAACAAAGUCAAUUUACUAUACUACUCUCUUGAACAUUUCUAGUCAUAAUAUUAGUUGAUUAGAAAUACAAAUUUAAGUCUUUAUGUAUGUAUAAGGAUCCUUCGAUUCACAUGCAUACUGUGAUGUAUCCAUUAGUAAUAAACAUGUCUUUCAAGAA